UUUGAAACCGAUCCGAGUGUUUCCACCAAGAAACUUUGUUCCCUCUAUUAGUUCGUCAACAGUGAAAAGUGUGCAAAAAGGAUCAACGUUUUCCUACCGUGAAACCAACCUUCCUGUGCGAAAUAACUUUGUAACCAAAAAGAUAGGAGAAACAGGACUCACAACGAUCAGGCCUAUUAGAUUAAUUUCCAAUCAAAGUGAUGCUCUGACUGAUCUUAAUAACGUUAUUACAGAUGAUAUGCUUGAUUUACAAGGUUUGUUGAUACUCGAAAGUGUUUACCUCCAGCAAAUCAAUAACUUUACCCAAUUUUUAAUGAGCUCCAUUGUUCGAAUUAACGAGUCCUUUGAUUUUAUUUCAGGAGAUGUCCAACACAAAGGCUUUAGAUCAGUUUGUUUCUAUUUACUCAACACUUCGGAUGAAAUGGCUUUACCAGUGAGCAAGAUCGAUCCCGCUCUUUGUGAUCACAUAAUAGUUGGCCAUGCUUUAAUUGGUCCAGAAAGUUUGCUUUGGUUCCAACAUCCUGAGAGUAAUACUGAAAAAUUGCACGAGUUGAAUACCUUAAAGAAAAAGAACCCUAAUUUAAAAAUUUUGCUAUCCAUUCGUAUGGGCCAGUCUAAAGUCAAUUCCAUGAACGAGUUCAAUAUUUUGGCAGCUGAAGAAAAAAGGAAUCAAUUUGUUGGUUCAUUGAUUGAUUUAGUCAGUCUAUACAAUCUUGACGGUGUCGAUUUUUUCCGUUUACAUCAGAAUGAGACUAAAUAUCAAGAAUCUAAAAGUGAUUUGGUUUCGUUACUAAAGCUGACUCGAAAAGAAUGUUUACGAAAAGGUAAAUUGGACACCUUAUUAACCGCCACAGUCUCCGCACAUCCUGACAUCGCUUCUAAAUUUUACAAUAUAACAGAAUUGGUUAGAGCGUUGAUUAUUUGAACUUGUUAACGUUUGAUUAUCACUAUUAUUCGGAAUCAAAGCCAUUUACUGGACAUCAUAGUUCACUCUAUCCACGAAUUAUAAAUCCUACUGGA